AGCUGCUCUGCUUCCUUCUUGCGUUCUCUUGCGUCUCUCUCAAAGUUUUUUCUUUCCCAGAGGCCAAAUCAAAACCCUAGCUACGUCCCUCAAAAAAAAAAAGAAACCCCUAGCUACGUCUGUUGAUUGAGGGCAGGAUAACCUAAGCCCAUUUCCGCCAAACCUAUAUAACCCAGUAAAACGAAGGUCCUCAGUCUCUUCUCUUUCACAUUCACGCACUCAGCAGCAAUGGCCGCCGCACGUCCUCUCGUCACGGUCCAACCACUCGAGGCCGAUAUGGCCACCGACUCCGCCACCACCGUGCACCUGCCGGACGUCAUGAAGGCCCCAAUGCGACCCGACGUCGUAAGGUUCGCCCACGCCAACCUAUCAAAGAACAAACGACAGCCCUACGCCGUGUCGAAGAGCGCGGGCCACCAGACCUCCGCCGAGUCGUGGGGAACCGGGCGCGCCGUGUCCCGUAUACCCCGCGUCUCCGGAGGGGGCACCCACCGCGCCGGGCAGGCCGCCAUCGGCAACAUGUGCCGUGGCGGCCGCAUGUUCGCCCCAACCAAGAUCUGGCGGCGCUGGCACCGUAAGGUCAAUGUCAAUCUCAAGCGCUACGCCAUCGUUUCGGCCAUCGCCGCCUCCGCUGUCCCGUCCCUCGUCCUCGCCCGCGGUCACCGCAUUGAGUCCAUCCCCGAGCUGCCCCUCGUCAUCAGCGACUCCGCCGAGAGUGUUGAGAAAACCUCGGCAGCUCUCGGGGUGCUGAAGCAGAUCGGUGCCUACUCCGACGCCGAGAAGGCCAAGGACAGCCACGCGAUCCGUCCCGGCAAGGGCAAGAUGCGAAACCGCCGGUACAUCAACCGGAAGGGUCCACUGAUCGUCUACGGGACCGAGGGGGCCAGUCUCGUAAAGGCAUUCCGGAACAUUCCUGGGGUUGAGAUCGUGAACGUGGAGAGGCUGAACCUGCUGAAGCUGGCUCCGGGUGGUCACCUUGGGCGGUUGGUGGUCUGGACCAAGUCGGCCUUCGAGAAGCUGGACUCCAUCUACGGGUCGUUCGAAAAGCCAUCAGAGAAGAAGAAGGGCUAUGUGUUGCCGAGGGCUAAGAUGGUGAACGGUGACCUCUCCAGGAUUAUCAACUCCGACGAGAUUCAGUCCGUGGUUAGGCCAAUCAAGAAGGAGGUGAAGAGGGCGCCAAUGAAGAAGAACCCGCUGAAGAAUCUGAACGCCUUGCUGAAGCUCAAUCCCUACGCCAAGACCGCCAGGAGGAUGGCACUUUUGGCGGAGGCCGAGCGCGUUAAGUCCAAGGAGGAGAAGCUUGAAAGGAAGAGAAAGCCGAUCACUAAGGAGGAGGCUGCUGCUAUCAAGGCUGCAGGAAAAUCAUGGUACCAGACCAUGAUCUCUGAGAGUGACUAUGCCGAGUUUGAGAAUUUCACUAAAUGGCUCGGAGUCUCUCAGUGAAUUUACCUUCCUCAACCUUAAUUUAUUUUAGGUGUAUAGCGAUUUUGUUUGCUGGAGACUUCAAUUAACAUUCUGGGUUCUUGAUUUUUAAUCAGAAUAUAUUUUUG